CAUGUUGUGCUAAACGCUGUGUCAAUCAAUAUAGCUAGUUUUGCUAUGUUUCGCUUUCAAAAUUUCCCAUGGCCCCUCCUUCAUUAGAAGAAUCAAGUACAAAACUUUCCAACAAUGAAGACAAUCAUCUUAAACAACAACAAGGAGAAGAAGGAGAUGGACUCCUGUUUGGCAUGCAAAUUAUAGGUUCAUUUGUGGUUCCAUUGGCUCUGCGAUCAGCGAUUGACCUUGGAGUUUUUGACAUUCUUGCCAAAGCUGGUGAAGGUGCUAAGCUCUCUGCAAACGAUAUUGCACUUGAGAUUGGCACCAACAACCCUGAAGCACCCGCAAUGCUGGAUCGUCUUCUCAGGAUGCUGGCUAGUAACUCUCUGUUAUCUUGCUCUGAUCAACAUUCACAGAGAUUCUACAGCCUCUCCCAUGGCUCCCAAUAUUUUGUCACCAAUGCUGAUGGUGUUUCUUUGGGACCCAUCUUGGCCUUGAUUAUAGACAACGUCUUCUACCAAAGCUGGCCUGAACUGAAAGGAGCAAUCCUGGAAGGAGGUGUACCAUUCAACAGGGUUCAUGGCAUGCAUGCUUUUGAAUACCCAAAUGUGGAUCCAAGGUUCAAUGAUGUUUUCAACAAAGCUAUGCUCAACUCAACCACUUUAACUAUGAAGGGGAUUCUUGAAUUAUACAAUGGAUUUGAGCACAUCACUAAGCUGGUGGAUGUUGGUGGUGGUCUUGGAAUCAAUCUUAAAUUGGUCACCUCCAAAUACCCUCAUGUCCAAGGUGUUAACUUUGACUUGCCUCAUGUCAUACAACAUGCACCUGUGUAUGCAGGGGUGGAGCAUGUGGAAGGAGAUAUGUUUGAAAGCGUUCCCACAGGGGAUGCAAUUUUCAUGAAGUGGAUACUUCAUGAUUGGAGUGAUGAACACUGCCUGAAGCUGUUGAAGAAUUGCUACAAAGCUAUUCCUGAUGAUGGAAAGGUUAUUGUUGUGGACUCAGUUGUGCCCGCUUUGCCUGAGACAACAACUGCAGCAAAGAAUGUUUUCAAUUCUGACGUCGUAAUGAUGACACAAAACCCAGGAGGAAAAGAACGAACCGAGCAUGAAUUCAUGGAAUUGGCUAAAGGAUCUGGAUUUAGUGGCAUCAGAUUCGUUUGCUCUGUCUCUGGCCUCUGGGUUAUGGAGUUCUUUAAGUAGCUUCCCACACCUUUACCAGUUCAUGUUCAAAUAUAUAUCAAAAAGAAUUGUCCUGCAAACUGUUGAAUUAAAUGCAUUUCAAUGUUCCCUACUUUCUAUGUAGCUCCCACAGAAAAUGCAAUGAUAAUGUACUCUUUAGCAGGGAGAUCUCAAUAAUGUAGUCUUCAAAGUGA